AUGCCUCCCCCACCAGUUCCCGCCUCGCUCCAAAAGAGCAUCGACGAUACCAAAGUCGAGUACGUCCAACUCGGCACCUCGGGCCUACGCGUCUCCUCGCCUAUUCUAGGCACGAUGGGUAUUGGCAGUAAGCAAUGGUUAGAAUGGGUCAUUGAGGAAGAGGAAGGACUGCAGGUAUUAAAGAUGGCUUGGGAUAGAGGACUUACUACUUGGGACACGGCGAAUGUAUACUCAUCCGGAGCCAAUGAAGAAAUCGUCGGCAAGGCGAUCACAAAAUUCAACAUCCCACGGGAGAAGCUCACACUGUUGGCAAAAGUCAGGGGGACUGUGCCUGAGGAGCCGGGGGUGUUUAAUUGGAUGUUUGAGGACCAGAUGGCGAAGUCUAAGGACUACGUGAACAAAGGCGGUCUUUCCCGCGGCGCAAUCUUCAAAGCCGUAAACGCAUCCCUCAAACGUCUAGGCACGGAUUAUAUCGACCUGCUCCAAAUCCACCGCUACGACCCCGAUGUGCCGCCCGCCGAAACCAUGAAAGCGUUACACGACCUAGUGGAGAGCGGCAAGGUGCGCUACAUUGGCGCGAGUUCCAUGUGGACGUACCAAUUCGCCAGCAUGCAAUUCAUAGCAGAGAAGAACGGGUGGACGAAGUUUAUCAGCAUGCAGAACCGGUACAAUCUGUUGUAUAGGGAGGAGGAGAGGGAGAUGAUGCGGUUUUGUAAGGAGACGGGCGUAGGGAUUAUUCCCUGGGGGCCGUUGGCGAACGGGUUGUUGGCGAAGCCGUUUGGGGAGCAGAGUGCGAGGAGUGCGCAGAGUACGGCGCUGAGUGGGAUUACGGAGGUGGAUAGGGCGAUUAAUGGGAGGGUGGGGGAGAUGGCGGGGAAGAAGGGGUGGAAGAUGAGUCAGGUUGCUAUGGCGUGGGUUAAGGGGAGAGGGGCAAUUCCUAUCGUGGGGUUGAGUAGUUCGAGUGUGGAGAGGUUGGAUGAUAUUUGUAAGUUGAGGGAUUUGGAGUUGAGCGAGGAGGAGAUGAAUUAUUUGGAGGAAUUGUAUAUUCCUAAGCCUGUUGCUGGACACACUUAA